AUGAGUUUAGAACUUCCCAACGAAAAACAGCGUCGAAUUUUAAAACUCGUAAACGAAAUCAAGCUAUCGAAGAAACUUCAGAUAAGAAGAUUGGCACACACUCUUGGCGUGUUAGGUUCUUCAUGUCCAGCCAUAAAAUAUGGAUGGCUGUAUACCAAACGUUUGGAACGCGAUAAAUAUCUAGCAUUACGCAGAACAAACGGUAACUACAACGCCUAUAUGCAUCUUUCGAAACAUUCAUUCGAAGAUCUCGAUUGGUGGUUGCUCCACACCACCAGGUGCAAUAACGAAAUCCGACAGGAUCAUUUUGAGUUAGAAAUUUUUACGGAUAGCUCCUUAACCGGGUGGGGGGCAUAUUGUCAGGGGGAAGUCACUAACGGUUGGUGGCCACUGAAUGUACAAACUAAACAUAUUAAUUUUUUGGAACUACUGGCGAUCCAGUAUGGUCUGCAAUGUUUUGCUAAUAGCUAUAAAUCAGCUAGCAUUCUCAUUAGGUCGGAUAAUACAACAGCAAUCUCGUACAUUAACCGAAUGGGUAGUGUUAAGUUUGCGGACUUAUGUAGUUUAGCACGCAAAAUUUGGCAAUGGGCUGAAGAACGAAAUCUCUGGCUUUACGCUUCAUACAUAAGCUCAGACAACAACACGAUUGCAGACCAAGAAUCACGUAAACUUCCGCCGUUAGAAACAGAAUGGUCACUGUCAGGUGCCGCAUUUCACACAAUAAUUACCACAAUUUCUGCCCCGGAAAUAGACUUGUUUGCCUCCUAUGCAAAUUUUAAAUGUGAAAAAUACGUUUCCUGGAAACGAGAUCCAGGCGCAGUCAUGAUAGACGCAUUUACAAUUUCCUGGAAAAACUUAAACUUCUAUGCGUUUCCUCCAUUUUCGCUGAUUCUGAGGGUUUUAAAUAAAAUCAUUAACGAAAAAGCAACAGGUAUUGUGGUUGUGCCGCACUGGCCUACGCAGCACACCAGACUUAAUAACUUCUCCUUACAGUUCGGCGGCUCACCCACUCAAAAUUACCCUGGUGGCCGCGCGGUUGUCAGGCACGCUCUUUCAUUAAAAAAUAUACCAGAGGCAGUCAUACCAACCAUGUUAAACUCUAUAACGGACACCACUCUAAAGCAGUAUGACACGACUUACCAUCAGUGGUGGGACUUUUGUAACCAGCACGCAAUAUCCCCUUACACUGCGGAUAAGACUCAGGUACUGACUUUUUUGCAACAUAUUUACAGUACCAAAGCAGUGGCUUAUGGCACCUUCAAUUCACAUCGGUCAGCGUUAGCCUUAAUUUUACCAGGAGACAUGGGCAAUGACCCUCACAUAAAAAGAUUUUUAAAGGGUAUAGCACGACUUCGACCUCCACGCCCCAAGUACGAUUUCACCUGGGAUCCAGGGUUGGUGAUACAAUAUUUCCAAAGAUACUCACCAAAUGACUCACUAAGCUUGACCAAUCUUACGUAUAAACUCAUUUGUUUGUUAGCCUUAAUAACAGGACACCGCAUUCAGACUCUCUCAUUAAUUCGACUGUCUAACAUUCACAUUAAUCCCGACAAGAUUCAGAUUCGAAUUACUGAUGAACUAAAAACCUCAACGCGGACAAACACACAACCGUGCUUACAGAUUCCUUUCUUUGAAGAGAAUCCCUCAAUUUGCGUAGCCUCUGUACUAACGACUUAUCUCCAACGUACCGCAGAUCUUCGCAGUAAGGAAGACCGAUUGUUCGUCACAAUUAGGCCCCCUCAUAGGGCAGCUAACAAACAAACCCUCAGCCAGUGGAUAAAGAGGUCACUCAGGGCUGCAGGAAUUGACACUUCAAUUUUCAGUGCACAUUCGACGCGACACGCGUCAACAUCGGCAGCCUAUCGUAGCGGCCUAUCUUGGGAUGUUAUUCGAAAAACAGCGGGAUGGUCUUCGGGAUCAUCCGUUUUUGCUCGGUUUUAUAACCGUCCUCUCGCACAAUCAACAGCCUUCGCUUGUGCGAUGCUAAAAGACUGA